AGCCGCGCAGCAUGCACUGGGGGGUUGGCUUUGCCUCGUCCAGGCCGUGCGUGGUGGAUCUGAGCUGGAACCAGAGCGUCUCCGUCUUCGGCUGGUGGGCCGGGUCCGAGGAGCCCUUCUCCUUUUAUGGGGACAUCAUCGCUUUCCCUUUGCAGGAUUACGGUGGGAUCAUGGCAGGGCUGGGCUCCGAUCCCUGGUGGAAGAAAACCCUUUACUUGACCGGGGGAGCUUUGCUGGCCGCAGCUGCGUAUCUGCUCCACGAACUCCUGGUCAUUAGGAAACAGCAAGAGAUUGACUCCAAAGAUGCUAUUAUUUUGCAUCAGUUUGCAAGACCUAACAAUGGUGUCCCCAGUUUAUCUCCUUUCUGUUUGAAAAUGGAAACUUAUUUGAGGAUGGCUGACUUACCUUAUCAGAACUAUUUUGGUGGAAAGCUCUCUGCUCAAGGGAAAAUGCCUUGGAUUGAAUAUAAUCAUGAAAAAGUUUCUGGCACUGAAUUCAUAAUUGACUUUCUGGAAGAGAAACUGGGAGUGAAUCUAAACAAGAACCUUGGCCCUCAUGAAAGAGCCAUCUCCAGAGCAGUGACCAAGAUGGUGGAGGAGCAUUUCUACUGGACCUUAGCUUAUUGCCAGUGGGUGGACAACCUCCAGGAGACCCGGAAGAUGCUCUCCCUUAGCGGAGGCGGUCCCUUCAGUAACCUGCUGAGGUGGGUCGUGUGCCACAUAACGAAAGGAAUUGUGAAGCGCGAGAUGCAUGGCCACGGCAUUGGCCGCUUCUCGGAGGAGGAGAUUUACAUGCUGAUGGAGAAGGACAUGCGGGCCUUGGCGGGGCUGCUGGGUGAUAAGAAGUACAUCAUGGGGCCCAAAUUUUCCACACUCGAUGCCACUGUCUUUGGACACUUGGCACAGGCAAUGUGGACCUUACCAGGCACAAGACCUGAGCGGCUGAUCAAAGGUGAGCUGAUCAACCUUGCCAUGUACUGUGAGAGGAUAAGGAGGAAGUUCUGGCCCGAGUGGCACCACGGUGAUGACAACACCAUCUAUGAGUCCGAGGAGAGCAGCGAAGGCAGCAAAACCCACACCCCGCUGCUGGAUUUUAGCUUUUACUCAAGGACAGAGACCUUCGAAGAUGAGGGAGCAGAGAACAGUUUUUCCAGAACCCCUGACACGGAUUUCACAGGACACUCACUCUUUGAUUCGGAUGUGGACAUGGAUGACUGCACAGACCAUGAACAGUGCAAGUGAUGUCCAGCCUCUCUGACUGUUUUCCUUUGGAGCUGCCACUCCCUGGGGCUGGGCAAGUUCCCCAGGAGGAAAUUCAUCAAGUUGGGAGGAGAUCUUCAUGCUUGGCAGAGUUUUCACUCACUAACUGGACUAGAGCCGCCUUAUUUCUUUUUUUGUACAAAGAACCAUUCAGAUGGCUCCAUUUAAAACAAACAGGCAAAAAACAAAAGUCAGCAUGGUUCUUGACAUCCAUUUUUGUUUUCAUUAGAAAACCAAUAUGGGUGGUAGAGCAGGUGGAAGAGCGGGUUGUCCAUGGGUAGCAUUUAUGUUGAUUCUCUGCAGCCUGGGGGCUUAGUUGUGAGAUGGACUCUUGAAUAUCCUUCCUUCACCAGAGUUUGAAGUAAGGAGAGGUAUCAUCAGUAAAAAAUGUAGGUGAGAAAUGCUCUAUGGUGGCUGCUUGUAUUUUAUGUGUGUAUAUUGUAUGUUAAGAUGUGUGUCAAAUAAAAUGCAGAUAUUCAAUGAACACCUGCUAUGUGCAAAGCACUGUGCUAGGUGCUAAUCAGUAGAUCAUUCUAAGCCCUGCCAGUGAUUCGCUGUGUGAUUUCAGGCAAGUCCUAUGACUAUUGUGUGCCUCAUUUCUCCCACCUGUAAAGUGGGGAUGACAACACUCUCCACCUACCUACCUCACAGGGGUGUUGUGGGGAUUCACGUGGUGACAUUGUAUGGCGCUUUGAGCCUCUUGGAAGUGGUGUGAUAUGAACACAACAUUUUAUUCUUCUUCAUUGUGCUUCAUAUGAGUGAAGAUUUGAGGGCAAAGGAAUUCCAUAAUCCAGGAAACAACAGCCACAGUCACUAGCAAAAGCUGAGCACACAAAGGCACUCCUAGGAAUUUGUCAUCAUUCCUCUUUGUGAUCUAGUUUGAAUUGAAAUCUUUUGUUGAAAGAACCUUGGAAAUAUUUUUUAUGAAUCAACAACUCCAGCAGUCUUCAGUUCUACUGUGUAUCUGCAGAGAAGCGUUUCAUUGCCUGAACUCACACUGGAAUGCUGUUCCAGAGUGUUAAUGAGCUGCCUAUGUUUGAAAGGUUUGGAGAGAAUAAAGCUCAGGAAUAUGACGGGUUUAAUAGAGGUGAAAGGGCAGGUAUUUGAUUUUUGCAAGCAGAAGCUUGCCAACUUGUAAUGUCUUUUUGAAAACAAAGGUGUGUUGAAAAUACAGAAAAUACAAAGGAGGAAGAUCAUGUUAUUUGUAUCAAAGCAUUCUGUCCAGUGAUAGACUAUAUGCAGUUUCUUUAAUGCAGCUUUUGUGAUGUUGUUAGACAUUGCUUAGUGAGAGGAGGGCGACACUGAGGACACAUCUUAUGCUUCUUAAGGAUCUUCCAUCCCUCCCUUCUCUGUCUUCCCUCUCCUCCCUGCAGGGCAUGUGUGCUGUUGGGUUUCUGAUAUUUACAAAGGCACUCUGUCUUUGAAGAUACCAAUUUUUGUUGACUUGGAACUUUUUUUGGGGGGGAAAUAAAAGGUGAAGAUCCUGGAUGAUGGCUGUUUAUCUGGACUAGGAGACCCACUGUUGAGAUUUACGGCUGCAAGUGAAACUGCUUCACUUCUUCCUGAUCGGGGAAGGAUUCCUCAUUAUGGUGUUAAAGAGGCACUUCUGGAAACAUGAUGUCUGUGAGAUUCAUGUACUUUACUUGAAAAAACUCUGGAUAUAGCAUUUGCAAAAACAAUCUUGUAAGACUGCCAUGGAUGCACAAGGAGUUUCAGAGAGGACAAUUUCUGAGGCUGUUUACCAGUUAAGCAAUUGUGGGUGGGCACAUGUAACUGGGAAUAAAUGCUGAGCUAUCCUAAAACCUUACCCUCCAGGAAAGGAGCUGUUAGGACCUUAUUAAAGCCAUGAAUUGAAGGGACUGUCUGAUGCCUAAUGAGAAUGCGGUGGGGAAUAUGUAAUGGAUAAGACUGUUUGGAGUCAGUAGUGUCAUUUGGGAGGACUGUUUGCUGCCUCCAUCCCUAACCAGUGUGUUUUUAGGCCAGCUGGUGGCAGUUCUGCAUGACAAGGGAAACUCUGGUCUGAAAAUAUGAAUAUAAUGAACAGGUGGACUAUGCCUGACUACCCAAAGUCCCAGCUGCCCUUCCCCCACCCUCAGCUGGAAAGAAUUAUGUUUGGAAUUUUGCCUACCAACAGCUUAUUCUUACUGUAUAGCACCAAGUAUGAUGUCUUUUACUUCAAAAAUGAUAUGAGUAUGUAGAUUUGUAUAUAUUUUUAAUUGUGCAUUAUGUGGAAGGCAGGUAUGAGGAAAGCCAGUUUUCCAAGUGAAGCUGUAAAACAACUCAUUCCAUCCGGGUACCUCCCACAGGGCGUGAAAUGGACAUUGCCAGCUGGAGUCUUGGGUACUUCUGUGAUGGCUUAAGAUUAGGCAUGCAACUUGGUGUUGGUGAAAACUUUAUUUGGAACUCUAGAAUAUACCCCAACAUGGGUUAUGGAAACAAAAUGACCAAGACAAACCGCUGUGGUAUGACUAUUUGGAGGGCUUUAAUUGUAUUUGCUUCAUUUUUAAGCCACCCAGGUUUGAAGUGUUCUCCAAUUUGAUGAACAGGUGCUACUUAUAAGAAGACAAAAAAUUAGGGAACAUUUUGGUCAUCUGGCUCACUUGUUCAAAAAUCUCUAUUUUCUUUUUACUGGAAAAUAACUUUAAUAUUAGCAUAUGCCUUGGAUUGGACAGAAGAUCCCUGGGCCACUUCUACUUUUUUUAACCUCUCAUUGAAAAAUAAACUUUGCCCUUAUAUCUAUUAACUUUUGGCCCAUAAUCUUGUUAGUAUUAAUGAGCAGCAGCUGUAUGCUUUUCCGUCCAUCAGAAGAGCUAGGAGGACAACAUAAGUUUAUGCAGAGAUAAAGUACAUUAUCAGAGAUACCACAGUGACACUACCAAGGACAUGGGCUACCCAGAGAACUCAUUGUAGACUUACAACAACUUGGACUUAAAUCACAACUACAGUAUACUCCGUAAGUGAAUCUCACGUGUGUAUACGAAGAUACUAGGAUAUAUUUCUAUGAAACAGAGUUCAAGGACAGGAAGUGCUUAGGAUUUUAGUUUCAUGGGUCUUGCCUAAAUUUGUUUGAGAGAAAGUUUAGAACAGUUCAGAUGUAUAGCCAGGGCAAGGAUUAGCUCUAGACAGCUCCCAACAAGAGAGGCCCUGAGGUUGUUACCUAUCUGAAGGGCAGCCACAGAGCUCAAGCCUUUCACUUGCCCCAGAUGACACUUUCUGUUCUACUUCUUUGGUGUGGUUUCCUUGUAAAAUCUAUGCUCCUCAAGAAAUCAUUCCAUGUUCACAGAAUCAGCAUACCCCCUGCCUCUCCCAGUGUGCUUAGACAACUCCUCCAUGUUUGUCUUGUGUGUCAUUCACACAGAAUGGUCCAUGCCAAUCAAAGAGACUUUUCCUAAGUGUCUGCUCUGUGCAUGGCACUGUUGAGCUCUGUAAAUAAUAGACUGGAUUUCCAAACCUCUAAGAUUCCCCAUUCUUUCUGGUCAAUCUUGUAAAGAAUUCAUGUCCAUAAACUCAUUCACAAAAUAUUUUCUGAGCA